AUGAAGUUCCUCAUCCUCUUCGCCGUGGUCGCCACCGCCUCCGCCAACAUCGUCAACACUGGCAGCAGCGCUGUCCAGCGAUCCGACGACGGUCACGGCAACUACGAGUUCGGCUACAAUGAGGACCACGCCACCGGGGGCACCUUCCGCAAGGAGAAGGGCGGCCCAGGUUACAUGACCGGCUCGUACGGCCUCCGCGACCACGACGGCCGAGUGCGCACUGUGAACUACGUCGCCGACGCUCACGGAUACCGAGCUCAGAUUUCCACCAACGAGCCCGGCGUGGACCCCAAGCAGGACCCCGCUGCCGCCUCCAUCAACGGCGCCCACGGUGGAUACGGCAUCGCCGCUGGCCCGAUCCUCGCCGCGCCCGCCAUCGCCUCGUACGCCGCUGGCCCCAUCGCCGCCGCCGGUCCGAUCGGUUACGCUGGCGGAUACGGAGCCGGCAAGGGCUACGGUGGUGAGAUCCUCGGCGGCUAUGGCGCCCCCUCGGCCUACUCCGUGGGCAUUCAGCACGCCUCCAUCGCCGCCCCGGUGGCCUACGCCGCCGGCAAG